CAAAGAGCCUGUAGAGUAAACACAGAGCCUGUAGAGUAAACACAGAGCCUGUAGAAUAAACACAGAGCCUGUAGAGGGCGCUGUUUGUGUUACCGGUGUGUUACACAGACAGCGCGCCUCUUGAACGCAGUCGUUGGAAGGCGAGGAGGUCAGAGGUGGCAGGAAGGUGGUGCUUUGGUUAGUCAUGGCGUCUCUGAGCUGGUGGUCGUGUGUGCGGUUGUAUCGGAGCGUGUCUCCGCUGUGUAGCGGGCUGAUGAGGAUCUCCGGGCCGCGGUGUGUGCUGAGUCCCGGGCGGCGGAUCCACCGAGCCCCGAGCCGCUGGCUGACGGAGAAAGGAGCGUGGGGGAAAACACGAGCACUGGAACAACAACACCUGACUGAGCUAGACAAGGCGGAUGCGCUGAUGCUCAGGAAGUCACAUGAAACAGGAUUCCUGUCAUGGUUCCGAAAUGGUUUGCUUGCUACUGGGAUCGGAGUUAUUGCCUUUGUGCAGAGUGACGUAGGAAGAGAAGCAGGAUAUGCGUUUUUCAUCCUGGGCGGAGUGUGUGUGUCAUUCGGUGGAGGGUCCUACAUAGCCAGUUUGCUGUCUCUGAGGAGAAUCAUGCUGCUCUCUCUGCCUUCUGUGCUGCUCCACACAGCCGUGGUGUCCAGCGCUGCCCUCUUCUGGCUGUGUGCCGUCUCUCUCUACAUCGGCCGCCUUGAAGUAGAGAUUAUCCACGAUGAGGACGAGGAGGAGGAAGGUGGUGACGACGGAGGCGAGUGUGCAGAAUGUAAGGCUCGGCGAGACCGACGUCACACGAGCGAGGGAGGCCAGGAGAAGUAAUGAAGAGACUCCUACGCUUUGGAGCUCUGUGCGAGGAUCUGUUCUGAAAGACAAAACAUAACUUAAGUGGCAAUAUAGUCUGUUUUCGUGUUGGAGAGAAUUGGGACGUUUACUGGUUAUACUAUAAACUGGUCUUUGUCCUGGGCUGGAUGUACAAGGAUCACUCUUUUCUUUGCAAUAUAGAUAAAUUAGUGUGUAUGUUUGGGUGUGUAUAAAUAUAAUAAGGUGUUUUAUAUCUAUGUGAAGCACUUAAAACUUAUAAGGAAAUAUUCCACUUAAAGGAAUAUUCCAUCAUUUCAUUGUGGUUCCAGUUUCUAAGGCAGUUGUAUAGUUAUUGUUGCCAGGAAAAAAAAAAAAAAACAUCUAGGCUUUUAGCAGGUUUUGGAUGAGAGCAGUAGUCUAUCUUAAAGAAGCAGUUUGUAAUUUUUAGAGCACUCUGCUGUCUUCAUUGCAGUUGCAGUUAAAACACUGACAAGACCUCUUCCCCCUGUCUGAUCCCACCUGAUCUGUUCAAACAGUGUAUACCUUGUGAGUUGCCUUUUCAUGAAAAGGUGCAGAGCUGAUAGCGCCUCUGUCAGGAGGCGGAGCUAAUAUCUGGGCUGGAAAAAUGUAGACCGGAGCCUGAAGUGAAGAAACUAACCAGAUAUAUUGCAUGCUAAUGUCUAUAGAAACACUUAAAAUUACAGACAGCACCUUUAAAAGAACUUGAGAUUCAAGACAUUGGCAUGUCUUCCAUUAUGUUUGUUUUGAAGUCCAUUAGUUUUGUUUUGAAGUGGGUUUUAAAAGCUGUGUCUUUGUGCUUUAGCAUUAUAUAUAUAUUGUAGGUAUUUGUUGCAGGAUUAGAGGUAAUGAUAAAACUACACAAAGAUGUUUCUCCAAAUCAGAAAAACAAUGACAAUGAUAAUGGAUUUACUUAUAAGAAGUAAGCACUGGUGUUUCUUUACUUCUAUUAUUUACUCUGUUGUACACUGUUAGGAAAAAAAAAAGGUUAAAUCAUAGACCCCUGAAGGGUUUUUCUGCUCAUCUGUCUCUGGAAGCUCUUUUUUAUGUUUUAUACACCAGAGUGUUUCCCUUUUAGAGAGAGUUCUAUGUAAAACAUGUAACAGCCAAAAAACCUUUAGGGACCUUUUUUAGCUACAAAGUGGUUCAAAUGGCUGCCUGCUUUGGUCUGUAGAGCUUCUGUUGUUGCUCUAGGGCCUUGACUUAUAGCUUUGAAAUAAAACAAUAUCCCUUUCAGAGUAAACUAUUUUCCAGCUAUAUUCUGGAAUACAGCUGAUAAAAAAAAUUGGCUUGUUACCAAAAUUGUAUUUUUCUGCUAGGAAUAUAUUUUGACACCUCUAAUUUAAGAAAACAAUAAAAUUUACUAAAAUGACAUUGCAAUGUUUGUACUUAGGCUUCUUUAUAAGCUGGCCUUGACUUUCUGUCUGCAAAGAUCACAUCAGAUAAGAAGCCUGUUUAACAAACUGGUGGUAGAUGCAGUCAGUCUGCAUAAAGAGCAAAUAAAGUCUAAAACCUUGUUAGCUAAGUGCAAUUUCCUGACACACUGAAUAAAACGAUUUUAUCAAGUUGUUAUAUAGCUAUAUGCCAUAGCGAAAUGGACAUGAGUCUAAUCUUAGUCUUAUAUUGUAAUCAGAUACCGGCUGUCAAGAUGUCCACGAUGCUUCUGCACCAUCACUAAAUCGAAAGAGAAGACCUCUUUCACAUUAACCCUAUAAAAUAAAUUUAGUCUACAGAACAGGACUGACUGGAUUAAUCAGUGAUUAUUUCCUCACUGAUGUUAGCAUGAACGGAGAUCAGUCGAGUGAAGAGAUGAUGAUGAGGCUCGGGUAUAAAAGCCACGAUUGAGUGAGUUGUACCUCAGGUGAUUAGACAGAGACUGAUGUGGAUGAUGCUGAUAAUCAAAGUGAGAACCUAUUUCUUGUUGGAAACUUAUAAUUCAUUAAACUGUCAAAGUAAUAUUGUGUUUCCAUCAGUAGAUGAGGUUAUAAAUGUUAGAUUGUCUUUCAGUGGAAUUGGAAUUGGAUCUUUAAAUGUGAUUUUCUCCCUUUUCAAAAAAAAAAAACAAAGUAUUUAUAAUGGGAUAUCCAGAUUAACACAGUUUUACAGUGAAGUAUUUAUAAUGGGAUAUCCAGAUUAACACAGUUUUACAUGAAUAUACAUACAUCUUGAUUUUUAUUAAGAUUUAUUUUAUGUGUGUGCUUUCAUAAGUGUUUCCUGUUUUGACCUGUUAACUGUACACUUUCUCUUAUUCUUAAGUGUUUUAAUUCAUUUCUUUAUUGUCAUUAAAGCACACAGCACAGAUGGAGAGAAAUGAAACAUCACUGUACUGUUUCAAUCCAAAGCUCUAUUGUGUUAACUGAUUUCUGUGUUAACUGUUUUCAUUGUGUUGUUUAAGCAGCCACUUUCAGGUGAAGUUGACCUUGUAUUUGACACUCACCGAUACGUUUAUACACACUUUUUGAAACAGUUAAUUUAAUUCCUCUGAGCUGAAUUUAUUGAAUUCAAUUAGCUGUAUAUUAAUGGAAGUGACACAGCCUGCUCUGACAGAACACAGUGGUCGGACCUUUUGUCGGUCCUUUAUGAGCGUGGGUUUCGAAUCAAUCUUUAUAUAAUACAUUACCACAAUGUUGUACCUCUUUCUUUUACAGUCAAUCUAGAGCAAUCAUGUGCACAUUUUGUAUGUAGCUUUAUUACGUUGCUGCUGGAAGGGCAAUAGGGCUGUGAGUCUUUUUUUUUUUUUUUUUUUUGCCUGGUAACAAUGACUGCAGAACAUGUAUAGAUACUAUGUGUAUACUCAGGUGUAUGAUUACUCCAGAGUAUGAUUAUUUAAUGUCCUGUAGUGCAUGUUGUACAGGUCGUAUUAAAUCACGGGAUCAUUUUUCCACUUGGUUGGCAGUUGAUACUGUGUGUUGUGCUGCUCAGUAAACAUCAGUGAUCAUUUAA